AUGGCAAAUAAAAUUAUUGAAACAACUCUAAUUAAUUUUAUUCAAUUUAAACAAAAAUUUUGUAAGAUGGACACCUAUACCCCAAAUUUAACUGGAACAGUUAAAAUCACAGCUGACAACAGAGAUAGAAGAGAGGAGUUCAAAGAUCAAAUGAACGAGCUAGGAAAUGACUAUGAAGACAUGCUCCGAGCUCGAGAAGAAACUAAAAAGCAGCUAGAAGCCAAAUUCCAAGAUGUCUAUCGCAAAAUUCAAUCAACUCGUGACUAUGUCAACGCAGAAGAAAAACGCGCAAACGACAUGCUCAAAGCUUUUAAAUCAAAAUUUGAAUUCCAAUUAAAGGAGCUAAGAGACUUCACCAACUCAAAACUAGACGAAGAAAGAGCUUUGAGAAAAGAAAUGGAAACUCGAAACAGAGACAGAUUAAAUAAAAUCCAAGAAACGAUUAACAAUGAAAAAGAAGAACGAAAAAAUUAUUUGGAAAACUUGAUUAACCCAGUUAGAGAGCAAUAUGAUAGCUUACUAAUGUUCUACGAAAGAGAAAAAACUGAAAGAAUUGAAGGAGAAAAGCAGAUUCUAGAAAAGCUUGACGAUUUAAUAUUCAAAAUGACUUGCAGACUUGAUGACGAAGUCACUGAUAAACUGAUGGAGCUUGGAAAGAUUAGAGAUCAAACACGAAAAGAAAUGAGGACACAAGACAAAAAUUUGGAAAAAAAUCAGCAGCUUGCUUUUGAUUUUAUGAAGGAUAUGAGAUCUGGAAUUGAAGCUGAAGUGACGUCUAGGCUUUCUCACCAAGAUGAGAUUGGAGACAACAUCAGUAAUUUUGUCAAAACUUUCCAAGAUACCUUGAAAGUCUUAUCUUUGGAGUCUUAA